AUGGCCUCUCGGGGAUGUAAGGGCCCUUGGGGUCUCUCAGGGGUUUAUAUAUCUCGCUGCUUGAACCUGGGGGCCCCAGGAGGGAUCAGGCAGACAGCAGCAGGUGCUGCAGCAGCACCUGCUGCUGCAGCAACAGCUGCUGCUUCCCCCCAAGGAGCUAGGCGGCCAGCAGCAGCGCCGCCACUUACAGGAGCAGCAGCAGCAGCAGCAACAUCGGCAGCAGCAGCAACAUCGGCCCCUCCAUCUCAUAGGGCUCGGUUCGUUAUCUUCCCUGCCCUAGUGCCUCCAUUAGGGGCAGCAACAGCAGCAACAAGAGCAGCAGCAGCAGAUGCAGGAGGAGGAGGAGAAGCAGCAGCAGCAUCAACAAGAGGAGAGCUGAGGCUGUGGGGCUGUGCAUGCACGCUGCAGCAAUCACGGGGCUUUGGAGUUAAGAGGGUGGUGCAGAAGAGGCGGCAUCAAAUGAAAAUACUGCACCCUAAGCAGGAGCCUUAUAGACCCCCUGAGUCUUCGGGUGUCUCUGCAUCUUCGGGUGUCUCUUAUACGCAGCCUUUGCCUCUGUCUUUAGUUAAUUCAGGCCCUGUACGCCGCUUGCUGUAUAGCGGUUCUGCUGCAGCAGCAGCAGCAGCAGCAGCAGUCGAUUGGGAGCAAUAUCUGUCUCCUUGUCCAGGUGUACGCUGGCACCCGUGUGGGGCGUGGAGGGUUCAAUUUGAUAGAAGAAAUAAACAAAAGAACUUGUUCAUUCGUGCAGAUUUAUACUUCCGAGUAAGUCUCUACGGCUUUCAUGCAGCCAAACAAAAGGCCUUCUGCUAUCGCAAACGCCUCGAAGCAGAGUGGGAGGAGCUUCAACAAACUUGGCAGCAGCAAGACCAGCAGCAGCAGCAGCAGCAGCAGCAGCAGAAAGAGCAGCAGCAGAAAGAGCAGCAGCAGAAAGAGCAGCAGCAGCAGAAAGACCAGCAAAAAUACAAUCAGGGGGAGCAUAAGCAGCACGAACAGCAGCAACAACACAUGGACGCAUUCCUAUUGUGA